UGUCAUAAAAUAUUUGCUUAACAUUUCUGGCUAAUAAUAGCCUCUUCCACCCAUCCCCCCCCCCCAACUGAUCAACUCAAAGAAUUGUUGACGAAACCAUUUCAAAUUCUUUAAGGCCUUCUUUCAGAUGGUGAUAACCCCACAACACAUAAUCCCGGCACAAACAUAUUUGCUUUUUGCCUUGACACUAUUUUUUUUUUUUUUUAAUUUUAGUAUUGGUUUGGAACUAGUAGAUCUGAAUUUUGGGACCAAAUCUGGGGCCAAAUUUGGGGCUCUGGCUGUAAAUUAUACCUUUAUUUAUUCCUUUAUCUUGUUCAGAUUUCAUGGAUGUAUAUUCUGUGUAAAUGACAGCAAAAAAUAUCUUGUCUCUAAACCCUUCUCCUUCACCUCAAGGGAUAAACGGUCAAUUUGAAUGGCGAAAAGUGCAAGAUCAGUCAUUAGUCUUUACUCAUGCUUGACUGUGAUUGCCCUCCCUGCAACCAGCUACAUCACAGGACUUUUUGUGUUAAGCAUUCAGUGUCUUCAGUGACACUUCACUGAGGUCCUACAUCCAAAUAUACAUUUAAGGGGAACGAGAGAGAGAGAGAGAUCAAAGGGGUUUCUUUCUCUGUCCACCCCACCACCAUGCCCCCUAAAUCCACCUGAGAUUCUGGAUUUAAUGAGACUCAUUGCUGGCUCUGGAUGGUUAGGCAUCAUAAACCCUGCACAUCUUCACUUGGCAGCCACCACAUCUUUACCCUUCUUUCAUAACAUCCCUGUAUUUUUAUUCCUCACGUCUCGUUGGGGGGGUAAAAAAAAAAAGACAGAAACAGAAAAACCUAAAAAAGAAAAGUUUGCAAAAUGACGCUUAUUGAUAUGUACCAUACUUUGGUGGAGAAAUAUGAAGAUUUGGAUUCAGGGUCCACAAAUUUGAUGGACACCCUUGAUGACCUGCCACCAGGAAUAGGACAGUAUGAUGAUUUCCACACCAUUGACUGGUUGCGUGACAUUGCACGGGACCGCAUGCGACAUCGCAACAUCAUCAAGAGAAAAGCCGAAGGAUUGUGGGAGAAGAUCAAGAGUGCUCACGACGCAUGGUCAGGCUGGGUUUGUGUGCUGCUGGUUGGAGUGGCUGCCGGUUUGAGUGCUGGCAUCAUUGAUAUUGGGACAACGUGGAUGUCAGAUUUGAAAGAAGGUAUUUGUUUAGACGCUUUCUGGUUGAACAGAGAACAGUGUUGCUGGUCAGUGGUCAACACCACAUUUGAUGAAGCUGCAAACUGUUCACAGUGGUACACCUACGCCAAAUUAUUCGGGAUAACCAACAGCCAGGGAGCUGGUUCCUACAUAGUUGAAUACAUGUUAUAUGUUGUUGUGGCAUUAACACUUGCUGCCCUUGCUGCAAUGUUGGUGCGUGUGUUUGCUCCAUAUGCCUGCGGUUCAGGUAUUCCUGAGAUAAAAACUAUUUUGAGUGGCUUCAUUAUCCGAGGCUACUUAGGGAAAUGGACAUUAAUGAUCAAAUCAGUUGGGAUGAUGUUAGCUGUAUCUGCAGGCCUUAGUCUUGGUAAAGAAGGCCCCUUUGUUCAUGUAGCAUGUUGUUGUGGGAACAUUUUUUCCUACUUGUUUCCGAAAUAUGGGAAGAAUGAAGCCAAAAAGAGAGAGGUCCUAUCAGCUGCUGCUGCUGCUGGGGUCAGUGUAGCGUUUGGUGCCCCAAUUGGUGGGGUGUUGUUCAGUCUAGAAGAGGUCAGCUACUAUUUCCCAUUGAAGACCCUAUGGCGUUCCUUUUUCUGCGCCUUGGCUGCCGCCUUUGUCCUUCGUUCGCUGAAUCCAUUUGGCAAUGACCAUCUUGUCAUGUUCUACAUAGACUACAAUGAACCAUGGUACCUUCAGGAGCUCAUACCAUUUAUACUUCUUGGAGCAUUUGGUGGAUUGUAUGGCAGCUUCUUUAUAAAGUUCAAUAUUAUGUGGUGCAGAUAUCGCAAAACUUCCAACCUGGGCAAAUAUCCAAUUGUUGAGGUUUUGGUUGUUACAUUCAUUACGGCUCUUCUCAGUUUCCCAAAUCAGUAUACAAGAAUGAAUUCCAGUGAAUUGAUCCGUCUUCUCGUUAACCGCUGUGGACCAGAAGGAACUCGAGAAUUAUGUGACUAUAACCGUAGUAUAACAAAUGUGAACAUCUUUGGAGGAAGUGCCGUCGCUGGUGACGGGGUUAUCCGGGCAGUUUGGCAGUUAUGCUUGGCGCUACUCUUUAAAUCUAUCAUCACUAUCUUCACUUUUGGCCUUAAAGUGCCAUGUGGUCUGUUUAUUCCUAGUAUGGUUGUUGGUGCCAUUCUUGGCCGUAUAGUUGGUAUUGGCACUGAACAGUUAGUUGUGGCAAAUAGGGAUUCCUGGUUUUUUUCCAAUAUGUGUACAUCUCAGGAGAUGUGUACAGUUACUCCAGGUCUGUAUGCCAUGGUUGGAGCUGCUGCAGCACUUGGAGGGGUGACAAGGAUGACAGUGUCUUUGGUUGUGAUAAUGUUUGAGUUGACAGGUGGGCUGCAGUACAUCGUACCUAUGAUGCUUGCUGUAAUGACAAGUAAAUGGGUCGGAGAUGCUCUUGGCAAGGAAGGAAUCUAUGAUGCCCAUAUACGACUGAAUGGUUACCCUUAUUUAGACAGCAAGGAAGAAUUCACCCACACAACAAUGGCAGCAGAUGUGAUGCGGCCUCGGUACUGGCGAUAUGGACUGGGCGUGCGAAGUGACCCACCCCUUUGUGUUAUAACUCAAGAUUCAAUGACAGUUGAAGAAAUUGAAUGUGUUCUUCGAGAGACGGAACAUAAUGGUUUUCCUGUUGUUGUAUCCAGAGAAUCACAAUAUUUGGUUGGAUUUGUUUUGCGUAGAGACCUUAAUAUUGCUAUUACCAAUGCUCGUAAAAUCCAAGAUGGCAUCGUCAGCAACUCGUGUAUUUAUUUCUCAUCUCAUACUCCGUCAAAUCAAGGAGUAAUGGCACCUGCAGCAUUGAAAUUAAGAAGAAUUUUAGAUAUGGCUCCAAUCACAAUAACAGACCAAACUCCUAUGGAGACUGUUGUAGAAAUGUUCCGUAAACUUGGUCUCAGACAAACAUUGGUUACUCAUAAUGGGAGACUUUUAGGCAUCAUAACAAAAAAGGAUGUCCUCAGGCAUAUUGCACAGUUACAAAAUCAAGACCCCGAAUCGAUCCUAUUCAACUAGUACCGCCAGGCCCUUGACACACUAACUAGGCAAUAGUCUGAGUAAUGGAGUUUUAAUGACACCCAAGAAAUAUGGUCUUCUGACACUCCACCAGAGGAUGCUUUUUUCAUGGCUCGGCUGCAGCAUCCAACAUCACCGUUCACCAUUGCUGCCAAUCUUUUUAUUACUGCCAGUCUGUCUCUCUCUGUCCUUUCUGUGUUUGUUGGUUCACUCUGGAGUCUGGGUUUUGGUGAUGGCUGAUUUUUAGGGAGCCAACAGCAUAAUUAUAUUUAUUAUUAUUAUUGUUAUUAUUAUUAUUUUCAACACAACACACACGUCAACACAUAGACAUACAGAUACAUAAACAUUGUGUGAGUGUGUUUGUACGUGUAUGUGUGUGUGUGUGUGUGUGUGUAUAUAUAUAUAUAUAUAUAUAUACAUACACAUACACAGACAUAUAAACCCAUUCAAAGCUGUGGAUUUAUUCAUUAAAGACAAAAAAGAUGGUUUAUGCGAAUCUCAGAGUAGCGAUGGAGCUAAAUCUUUAGCUUUGAACAAAUAAACAAACUCUCCUAGAUAUAU